AUGGACGCGAUGCGUGGCGUGCACGGCGCUUCCAGUGGCUCGCUGAAUGAGCGCUUCAUCAAGUGCGCAGGAUGCAAUGUAAACGUGCCGAAAGACGAUAUGCUGUCGCUUGGCAAGUGUACAGUGUGUGGGCGGCCGUACGGGGCCGGGGCAAGGACGGAUGGCAUGAACCGCGAGAUUGCGACUGUAGCGUUCAACCGCGAUGGAGCUGCUGAGGUCAAGAAGAAACGGAAGCGGUGGGCGGUGCUGACGUCCAAGAGAGGACGUGUGUAUUACCACAAUACGGAGACGGGGGAGGACCGAUGGGACCAACCUGCAGAUCUGGACGCCGACGCCGUUGAAGACGCGUUCGUGCCGUUCAAGAAUGAUGCUGUGAAGAAGGCGGUGCUGCGCGAGCAGAUGAAGGUGGAUGCGACGAAGAGAGGGGUGCCGAUGGAGGUCGUGGCGGCUGUGCAGCAGCAGUUGCAGCAUGAGGAUAACGUGCACGAUUCGUUUGAUAGGAUGGUGGAGCGUGGAGGUGGCAAUAGGAGGGAGGGCGUGCCGGUUGAAGCUGCUGCGAGCUCGGUGCAAAAGGUGGUUGGAUCGCCACGGAUUGAGGAAGACGAAGAUGUGGAGGAGCAACAGGAGGAGGUUCAGACACGGGACGCUAGUGGAUCGUGCAUUGUCAUGUAA